UCCAUUCUCUUCCUCUAAUAUUCAUCCCUUCCAUUCCAUAAUCCCAUCAUAGUCCACACCCAAUACCCUUACCUGCCCACCACCCACAACUUUGAUCAGAACAAAUACAUAAUUCGAUCUCAUUCAAGAAGGAGAGAGUCAAGAAGAAGAAGAAAGGAAGAUUGAUCAUCGAUGGGUAACAGCUUGAGGUGCUGCUUGGCUUGUGUUCUUCCAUGUGGAGCUCUAGAUGUGAUCAGGAUUGUCCAUUUAAAUGGUCAUGUAGAAGAGAUCACACGUCCCAUCUCAGCUGGUGAGGUACUCAAGGAUAACCCCAAUCAUGUCCUUAGCAAACCAUCCUCUCAAGGAGGAGGAGGAGUAGUUCGUAGAAUUCUCAUUCUCUCUCCUGAAUCUGAUCUUAAGAGGGGUAACAUCUACUUCUUAAUUCCCUCCUCUUCUCUCCCUACUGAAAAGAAGAAGAAGAAUAGAACCCACCCCUCCAACCACUCUUCAUCCACUUCCUCAUCUUCUUCUUCUUCUUCCAAGAAGACCAAGAAGAUAAAGCCCACCACCUCCACCACCACCACCACUACUACUAGCGGCUGCGAUCGAUACCUCACUGAAGUCCUCUCUGAGAAGAAGUCUUCCCGCCGAGAACUCCGCCGCGAACGCCGCUGCAGUCGAGUUUCAGUCUGGAGGCCUCAUCUCGAGAGUAUCUCUGAAGACUUAUAGAAUUUUUUGCCGCCGGCCGGAGGCCGGAAGCCAGAAUUCUCCCGGAGUCUUUAGCAAAUUUACAACUACAAACACCCAAUAGUGCAAACAAAUUUACAACUACUACUUCUUGUUCAUCUUCAUCUUCAUCAUCAUCAUCGUCAUCUUGGAGAGUUGUGGGACACAUUUUUCUUCAUCCUAUCUCUAGGAUCAUUACUUUGUGGAUAAAAAACAAAUGUACUACCCCUUCCCCCCCCCCCCCCCCUUUUCUUUUUUUUCCCCUCCCUUCUUCCUUGUAUAAUUUUCCACAGGAUGUAAGAGAGGGAGUAGAUUCGGAAUUUUUAUUCUUGAUCAUCUUUUUUUACUACUAUAUCAGAUGAUUGAGGUUUGCCCCAAAAGAGAGAAAAAAAGUUUGUACUCUACAAAACUCAACUUGUAAUUUUAUGGUAUAUUACAAAUUACUUCUUUCAAGUUCAA